AACAAAUGUUUGUCAAAUCCACAAUCUAUAACUAAUAGUCUACCAGUCCACCACCUAAUCCCUUUUUCACGAUAGCAGAUAUAUAUGUAUAUAUAACUGAUACAUACAGUCAAAUUUCCAAGUUUUUGUUUCUAUCACUAUAUGUACUCUUUGACUCUUCCCUUCCCCAGCCCACUUCAACAAGGAGUCUGAGAGCUUCAAAGUUUUGAUUUUUCUCUUUAAUCCAAGCCAACAAGUGGACAACAGGACGAAGAAUGAAGUGUUUUCAUUUUACCAGCGGGGAGCGGAGGCCUAGCGACGACGACGACGACCAAGACGGUGUUGUGUCGCGGAAGGUCUCAUGGGCGCGUUCCCUCAGCGUGGCUUCUACAAACUUGGACUCACGGCGCUCCGAGUUCGACACGGAGUCGCGCAGGGACUGGGCCGACCCGUCCGGCUUGUUCCAAGAUUUCUUGUCCCAGGGGCGCGCCAAUGAUCUGCGUGUCUUCACGUUUUCUCAGCUGAAAUCGGCUACGCGAGGGUUCAGUCGCAGCCUCGUGAUCGGGGAAGGCGGGUUCGGCUGUGUUUACCGGGGUCGGGUCAAGGUAGUGGAUUCCGGGUCUGGGUUGGAGUCGGAUGUCGAUGUUGCUAUCAAGCAGUUAAAUCGGAAUGGAUGCCAGGGGCACAAGGAAUGGAUCAAUGAAGUCAAUUUUCUCGGUGUAGUGAAGCACCCGAAUCUUGUCAAGUUAGUCGGAUAUUGUGCUGAUGAUGAUGAGAGGGGGAUUCAACGGCUUUUGGUUUAUGAGCUCAUGUGUAAUAAAAGCUUGGAGGACCAUUUAUUGUCCCGAUCGGCAUCUCCUCUCCCGUGGAUUGUGAGAUUAAAGAUUGCCCAAGAUGCAGCUCGUGGUUUGGCAUACCUUCAUGAAGAAAUGGAGUUUCAGUUAAUAUUUAGAGACUUCAAGACUUCAAACAUCCUCUUGGAUGAAGACUUCAACGCAAAACUCUCAGACUUCGGAUUGGCUAGGCAGGGCCCUUCUGCUGGAUUAAGUCAUGUGUCCACUUCAGUGGUUGGUACAGUAGGUUAUGCAGCCCCAGAGUACGUUCACACCGGCAGGUUAACCGCCAAAAGCGACGUUUGGAGCUUUGGUGUAGUUCUGUACGAACUCAUUACAGGAAGACGGGUGCUAGAAAGAAAUUUGCCACGAGGUGAGCAGAAACUCUUGGAAUGGGUAAGACCUUACGUGUCGGAUCCCAAAAAGUUCCACCUGAUUCUUGACCCAAGACUAGAAGGACAAAACUGCAUGAAGUCAGCUCAGAGACUUGCAUCUCUUGCCAACAAAUGCCUCAUGAAGCAUCCUCGUUCCCGCCCAAAAAUGAGUGAGGUAAUCGAGAUGCUCGGGAGCAUCAUUAGUGAAGCAUUGCCACCAGGUGAAUGUGUGCCCGAACCUGUUACACAAACGGAAAAUGUGAAUGAAGAAACAUUGGAAAUAGAAUCAGGCAAGACAGAGAACCACCACCGCAAAAAGGGUUUUGAUUUCAAGGAAAUGGUAUUGAGGAACAGAUCAAUAGGCAAGCUGGAUUGGAGAAACUGGACUCCGAGUUUGGUAAGGACGUGAUAGUUUCUAUUCUGAUAAGUGGAUGGAGACAUAGUCCAUUCUGGUUUUGGUCAUGCAAAAGAGCUGUAAAGUAAACAGGUGGGCGCAGGCUUCAUUUGUACGCCUGCUUUCUUUUGCAUUCAGCUUGUUAAGGUGCAAACCCCUUUUUUCCUCUUGGAUGGAUAUACACUCUCUGGUUGUCCAAUCUAAGUGUAGUUUGCAGUGAAUCAUGGAGUAUUUUGUUCUGGUGGAUUUCUGCAACUCAGUCUCUGCUGAUUCCUACAAUUGCAUCUCUCAUCAUUACAACUGAUUAGUCAAGUUAUAUUCUUUAAAUUUUGUGAGAGCGAGGUCCAAACCGUGACUGACUUCUCAUUAAGAUGGUGCUCGAUGUUUGGGUAAUCUUUCAAACAUCGUGCUAAGAUCGACGCUCCUAGCUCUUUUUUUUCAAAGUUAGCUCUAGAUUCCACCUGCAGUAUCCUUUAAAAUUCUAAUAUGUAUUAGAUUUAUUGUGAUUAUCCAAUCAAUUUUGUAUUUGUAUCGUAUAAUUUAAACAAUUUAUAAAUAAUUCUGCUUUGUGCCC